AUGUCAAGGCCUAUUAACAAAACGGCCUUUGCCAAAUUUCGCCUUCAAGUUGCUGCUAGGCGGCUCUGUCCCUGCUGCGCGAGGCCUCCCGGGGGCCCCGGAGCCUUCGGCAGCAGCAGCAGCAGCAGCAGCAGCGACAGCAGCGGAAGCAGCAGCAGUAAUGGCCGCAGCCGCAGCAGCAGCAGCAGCAGCAGCAGGGGCCAACAGGCAGCAAUGCUUUGCGGCUCCUCGAGCCUGAGGCGCUCUCGCGGCAUUUUCGAAACUGCAGACCAACUCCACUGGACAGCCACUCGAAGUGGACCACUGGUCACUUUUGGGGCUUUUUCUUUUCCCACUUCGCCGCUGCAUGCACAGACUCGCCGCGCGCAUCUUGCUGCUGCUGCUGCUGCUGCUGCAGCAGCAGCAGAAAGCCCAGAGGCGCCGCAGACGAGAGAAGAUUUGAAACUGGAAGCAGCAGAUCCGACUGUGACUGAAGAGCCCCAAGAUCCACCCGCUGCCCCUGCUGCUGCUGCUGCUGCUGCCCCUGCUGCUGCUGCCGCUGCUGCUGCUGCUGCUGCUGCUGCAGGCAGCAGCAGCAGGCGCCUCGUGCUGCGGCCAGCCAGCGCCACCCCCGGGGGCCUCGAGAGGCGCCGCGCCAUUCGCGUGGGCCAUCCGUGGAUUUAUGACUUCGAAAUAGAAAACAUAAAAGACUUCAAGAAGCAGCAAACUGGACUUUUGCUGCCAGUCUUCGACAGCGACAGCAGCUACCUUGGCUCUGGGCUCUUCAGCAGGCAGGCGUCGGUGGCGGUCCGCAUGGUCACUCGAGGCAGCAGCAGCAGCAGCAGCAACAGCAGCAGCAGCAGCAGCAGCAGCAGCAGCAGCUUUCCCGAUGAAGGCUCUUUCCGCAAGCUGCUGCGCAGCCGCUUUCUUGCUGCAGUGCAGCGCCGCAGGCUUCUCCAAGAACAGCCGCUGCCGCAUGCAAUCGACGGGAGCACUGCAUCAAGCAGCAGCAGCAGCAGCAGCAGCAGCAGCAGCAGCAGCAGCAGCAGCAGCAGCAGGAGCACGGCUGUGCACGAUAUGUGGCGAGCGGUGGACGGGGAGGCUGACGGAAUUCCCGGAGUUGAAGUUGAUGUCUAUGGAUCGGCGGCGGUGCUGCGCCUCUCUGCGCAGUCCGUAAUGGAAUUAAAAGAAGACUUAAUUGAUUUAGUAAAAGAAACAAUAAACCCCGAGACUCUUUGCAUGCAAACUUUGAAGUCCAAAAAAGAAAAACUGGCGCAGGGAGGAGCAGAGUAUGAAAGUGAGCUGGUCUUGGGAUCGGAUCCCGUGGCCUGGGUGUGGGCCUGCGGUGUCAAGACACCUGUGCACUUGCUGCUCCCCCCUUUUGCUGCUUGCUGCAGCCACGUGCUGCAGCAGCAGCUGCUGCUGCUGCGCAGACACUGCGCAGGCGCCACAGUGCUGACAGUGAACGGCGCCCUGCGGGGCUUCGGGGUCACCUGCUGCGCCUCCGGGGCGGGGGGCCCCCCUGAGGGGCCCCCCAGCAGCAGCAGCAGCAGCAGCAGCAGCAGCAGCAGCAGCAGGGAGCUGCGUGGCGAGGGGGCCGCCAGCGGGGUGCUGCUGGAGACUUCUGAGGCGCUGAAUGCCCUCAACGAAAAGGCAGCAGCAGCCAACUUGCUCUCUGGCGCAGUGUCUUGCAUGCAUGCAGAAGAUGAGUUGAAGGAGUUGUUGGCAAUGCGGGCUUCUGGCCUUCGGUGGGUGGCCUUGGCUGCGCAGCAAAAGCCGCUGCAGCAAAACUUGCGAAAAAACAAAAGUGGCGCUUCGCUGCGGUGUUGGCGCGUCUGCGCAGGUUUCGCGGGGUGUACGUACACCUGA